CACAUUCCAUCACUACUGCGAUUCUUGAUUGUUUAUUGACCUUUCGCAUUCUUUUUUGGAAACACAACACUGGAAACACUGGAAACAUCUUUCUCAUAAUCAUUACUGCAGUCUGUUCAGAUCUUACGCCUCGUCAACCUCAGCUCGCUCAAUCAAUCAUGGCGCCCCCCAUCAAUCCUCCUCCACCGACCAGCGCCAACGAAGACAUACCUAUCAAAUUCAUUGCCCAUCCCGACGAAGCUCCCAAGCCUACGGACACGGUCGGCAUGGAAUCAGCUCCGGCAAUCAAGGUCCUGAUGCAAUUUGCACCGUACGUGAAUUGGGCCGAGACGACGCAGUCCUACGCAGCGCUGUUGGCCGGCACAUCUAAGAGAUUAAGUGUAGCCGCACAAUAUGGUGAAAAUCUCAUGCAUCGAGCACACUCUGGAUAUCAGCCUCUCAAGAUCGGUUUUGAGGAGCCCAUCGGUGAAGAACUACGCAAUCUCGCUUCACUCCUGCCGGCAGUAGGCGGUGAUGGCCUCAAUCCUGACUCGUGGUUGUGGAAAGAGGUUGAGAAAGUCGUGGUGAAAGUCGAGUCAGAGAAAUACCAAGCACUCGUGGCAUUCUUCGAUCCAGCAAACAACAAAGACCUGUCUGAGGACGUUGCAAAGGCACUUCUCGAGGAGAUACAGAUACAAUGGCCCGACGCGCCUAAGCUCACCACACAACAAGCUCAGCUUCUGCAUCGAGCAAUCGUCGCAACUGGACUCAAGAUACAAUACAAAGACAUCAAGGGCUUUUUCUCUUUCGUGGCGCCAGCCUUGAGUGCGGAUGCCAACGAGGACACCUUUACUGAACUGGUCAAUAGCUUCAAGAAGUCAGGCAGGACGGUGUACGCUCUUUUCGAAGCCGAGAACACUGUCUUCUCCGGGCUGGGCGAGAAGAAUAUUGUGCAGCUUCG